AACCUUUAAUUGAAAAAUGGCGUCUUCGUUUUAUAAUCAAACAAGACAAGAUUAUUAAUCUAUCGAACUAGGUUUUGAUCAAGCCAUAGCAAGUUUACUAGUGUGUGUUUACACUACUGGUCUAGUUCCGAAAUUCGAAAAGUGCAUACCACUACCAGGGGUAAAACUGACAACAAUGACAAGCCCAGAUAUGGAAGUUAUAAAGGAGGUGCCAGGGUACAGAGUUAUCCUUAAAGCUGUGCUUAAAUCACAAAUACAGCAAUUGAUUGAACAGCUAGCAGCAGCCACAAAUGAAGAGUCCAUCAUUCUGACAGCCAGUGUGGCUGACGGCACCCUGAGUCACCUUGGCUCUGACUCGGCGAAAGGUUUCCUCCAGGACCAUGAAGAUGUCAAGUCACAGUUCCUGGGAUACUGCCUCAAAACUCACCACGAAAGGAAGCAAGAGGAAGACAGAAGAGCAGCAGAGGAGGCCGAGCAUUCCCUACAACAACAAUUACAGCAGGUCACAUCCACAAAGUUUAGCCCUGCGGUCCCUUGGGGUGGUGUCCGGGCAAGGUCACCGAAAUUCAUGUCUCCAAAACAACAAGGAGCCGUCCACCCGGUGACCUUGUCCAGGGCUGGUCCCGGGGUAAGGCAUGAGCCAUACAGCAUUCAGUCGCCAAGGAGGCAGAUGGUGUCCCCAAGCUCAGAGCCCGGGGCUCCCCAAGCUAAGAAAGUGAAAUCUGAGCCAGAAGAUACAGAGAGUGCUGGCAAGAAUAGUUCUCAUAAUGUGGCAAAUGAGGAUGAAAACUCCAAGUCAAGUGUGGGUCAAACUGUCAAAAAUCAUGAUAGACUAGGCCUUGGUGCUGAGUUCUCUAACUUUAUGUCUGGUGACAAAACUGUACAUUGCAAUAAUUAUCAAAGUGACUUCGGUGACGUUGAUUCAAAUGUGAAAGUAAAACUUGAGCACACCACUGACGCUGAUAUGGAUGAGUUAGAAAUCACUGGUGUUGAACCAGGUCACGUUAUGGCCCUACCCCCCGACAGCUGGGACCCAAAUGUCUCCAUGACAACAGAUCCAACAGGUGCUUCAGGUUCCCAGGAAGACAUGGCAUCACAGCAGGGAUACAGCGCAGGAAGUCAAGACAAUGCCACCUAUGGUUCCGAUUUCGAGUGCCAUGAGUGCAGGAGAUCAUUCACUAGAAAACGCAACCUCAAGUUACACCUUAAAACACACACUGGAGAGAAACCAUUCAGCUGUCCGAUUUGUGGGAAGUGUUUCAGCCGCCGUGACAACAUGCGCACACAUAUGAUUAUACAUAUGAAAAUUGACUAAUUAACAUCACGAGAACAACAAAAAUACACUCAUAGAAUUAAUUAUCAUUUAUAAGUUAAAGAGUAAUAGAAGAGUUAUGUCUCCCCCAAUGAAUGUGAGAGACUAAGUAUUUUUUCACUGCCCAUCAGAAAGUCAGUCAGACAGUACGUAAAUCACACUUCGUUUUCGAUCACUUACUAUAGAACGCUUGGAUCAAGGAACUUCAUACUGGGUAUGCAAGAUGGUCAUGACCAGUAGAUGACCCUCAUUGAAUUUGAGAUUAGUUGGUCAAAGGUCUAGGUAGCAGUGACCUUUAGGUGAAAAAUCAGUUUUCGCCAAAUAUAUUAAAAUCCGUUGAAGGGUCAAGGUCGCGAAAGGUCAGGUCACCGUGACCUUGAAGUGAAAAAAUGGUUUCCACUUCAUAACAUAAGAAUGCUUGGGCACAGGAGCUGCAUACAUGGUAUGCUUGUUGGUCAUGAUUAGUAGAUGACCCCUAUUGAUUUUCAGCCAAAAGUUAGUUUGUCUCCCGUCUUGAAGUACAAAUCUCGUGUCCAUUAUUGAUGAGUUCUCAGCUACGACCAAACAAUAGGAGACAAGACUACAGAAGAAAAGGAGAGAUUGAGCGAAAAAAACCUUUUGAUUGAAGGCAAAAAAGAGCCGAGCGAAAGUGAAAAGCAAUUUUCUGAGUUAUAAAUGAAAAGGUUUUGAUGGUAUAACAUGAAAAUUUGUCUCAUUAUUUAAUAAAUGCCAAUACGAUCUAGUGCUUUACUGUUAACCUUCAUUGUCAUAGAAUUUAAACAUGGGUUUAUUGUAAAGACAGCAUUCCUAAAAGUAAUCUGCAGUUAUUUAAAGACUGAAUGAAUUGUAUUCAUGCUAUACUAACGAGUUGUCUAACUUACUUUCACAAUAAGCUUUUUUAGACCAGUAAGUGUAAUUCAUCAUUUGAGCUUUUCCAAAUAUUGGGUCAGGGCCAGUAUUCAAUAUUGAUAUUAGCCUUAGUCAUGUCUCAGUGAUUCCAUAUUAUAUAGCCUAUUCGUUAGCUUAUUAUACAGGCCAAUCAAAACAAUUAGAUUCUAACCUUAAGUUUAAGAUCAAACUAAGUUUGUUAUUGAAUACGGCCCAGGUCUAGAUUUGAAACACAGACCUAUAAACCACGAAAGUUCGUGAUUUGAAACCACUUGAAGCUCAUGAUAAAAUUGCUCUGACGUUGAGAUGACAUGGGAGUAAGAUUAUUUGGUAUUGGUCUCAGACAUGCCAGAAGAUGGAAUAAGUUAAUAACACGGAGAUCAUUAAAGAAAUAUGACACUAUGUAUUGAAUCAGGACAAUUUAAUAGCAACCGCAGCUCAGCUGAUAAGCGUAUUGGAAUUUACUAAUUUAAAAAAAAGAUGUUGUCUUUCUUUAAUUAAUUUAUUAACUUCAUGUUGUUCAAUUUUAUAAGUAUCUAUCAUGUGUUUCCGGUACGGACAAAAAAUUCCGACCCGAGGGCACGCGCGUAAGCCGGUAACGAGGCUUGCCGAGUUACUGGUCACGCAGCGUGCCCAAGGGUCGGAUUUUUCUCUCCGUACGGGAAACACAUGAUUGACAUUUUUUCUUGCAUACCUAAAGUUAUGAAUUUGUGGAAAAUUUGACGUAGAAAACACACUUUUGUACAUUUCACCAAAACGCGCGUGCGACGUUGUUUACUGACGUCAUAAAGCGCAGUAAUUUUAAAUCACUUUUGACGUCAAAUAGUUCCUCUAAAAAUCGCGUUUUAACGAUUAUUUAUUUUCAAUUUUAAUAAAAAGUCUUGCAUACUUAUAUAUUUGAUUGCGCUUAAUUGUAAUGGCAUAAUAUACUUUUUAUAAACCAAACAAUAAAAGAAAUAAGAAGUGGCGCGUUGUUGCGCGUGACUCAUCUACAUGGGGUAUGUAAGACGGUUUUUUCCAGCACUGGUCACAUGACCGGAAACACACGUCCGGUAUGCAAAAAUGUUAAAUCUUAUAUGUUUAAAACGGAAUUAAAAUGA